CGGAUGCCUCAAUUUUCAUCAGCCUGCAACCCCUUUUGAAGCUUCGGGUUGUACGAGAAAGGGAGCAUCCUUUUUUAUUUAUUAAUUUAUUUAUCAUUAAAUUAUUAUUUAUCAGUUUUUCUUUUAAUCUCUCUCCUCGUCUUUGGAUUCUUUAGACGAUCAUUAGUCUGGUUUUAAUUUGGCCGAGUUUUCGAUGAAUAAUUCAUUCCUCGUGUUGAUUGUGCUCACUGCUGAGAAUCCUUUAAAAAUGCUUAUUGGGCAGAAUCCUCGAUGACAUGAUCAAGUAACACUUUGGUAUGGCUAAAAACAAUGAUUCUGAUAGCCCAGGGUGGAGUGCUUCAUUUUUCAUGCAAACAACUGAGGACGUUGCAAAGGCAGUUGCUGCUGCAGCAGCAACUGUUCGAUCACCACGCCCUUCUGUGGUUUUCUCAACCAAAGAUGAGAAUAAUGGCAGCCAGCUUGAGAAAUUACAACGUCAGGUAACGAGAGUCCUAAAAGGGUUCUCGCCACCUCCUGAAGUGAAAGCAAGAUCUUAUAACCCCGAAGUGCUGACCAGCCAAAAGCGCCAAUGGGCAAGCUUUCAAUUGCAGUCUUUGGAUCAUAAGUGUCUGAAAGAGCCAUCUCGAUUAUUUGAGAGCAUGGUAGUUGUUGGUCUUCAUCCCAACUCCGAUGUUAAAGCAUUGCAGAGGAGGCUGUUUGAGAAGAAUACAGAAGGUAUAAGGAAAUGGAGGAGUGUAUUACACAACCAACAACCAACCAAUGUUGAGCUUAAACUCGAACCUCAGGUGCUGUUUGUCUAUCCUCCUAAGAAGCAGCUUCCACUCAAAUAUAAGGAUCUUCUCUCAUUUUGCUUUCCUGGAGGACUUGAGGUUCAUGCUAUGGAGAAAACUCCUUCAAUGAGUGAGUUGAAUGAAAUACUUCUUGGGCAGGAACACCUUAAACAGAGUGACUUGUCAUUUGUAUUUCGUUUGCAGGUUGCUGAUGAUUCAACUCUUUAUGGAUGCUGUGUUUUAGUGGAAGAAAUCAUACAAAAGCCUUCAAGGUUGAUUUCCGUGAUUUCAGAUGAAUACAAUCCCCGCCCAUCUUCGAGCCGUUUUGUUCUAACUGCACCUCGGUGUUACUGCAUUCUCUCUAGAUUGCCUUUCUUCGAUUUGCAUUUUGGGAUAUUGAAAAGCAUCUUUACUGAGGAGAGGCUGGAGCGGUUAACUGAAGGCAUGGGUGAGCUAGAUUUUGUGUUUAUGGAAGAAGCAAGGAAUGGAGGUAAUGAACAGGCUGAGGAAUUUGCGGAUGUUUCCACAAACCAUGACCUUGAAGAGAAUAAUCUAGUUGGCAACUUGGAAAAUUCACCCACAAAUGACGAAGCUUCUGCAACCGAAAACAAUAUUAGUGAGGAAAAUCCCAACGUGGAGGAGGGAGAUGUGUAUGUAAAAGGGGAAGGCACCAAUGGACACUUAAUUGCUCAUGGAUGUCCUAAAGCAAAACCAGAUGAAAAGGGGAGUAAAAAGGAGUGCGAGGUCUCAUUACAGAUAAAUCAAAGCUUUGAUGGUGAAAGCACAAAAAGUAAAGAUGCAGUUGACAAACGCUUGCCCGGGGUAUUUUUGCCUCUUCUUCACUACCAGCAGUGUGAAAGUUCUGAUUCCUCUCCCAGUUUCCAAGGUUCCCCAAGUGGAGACCAAAAUUUUAGGUGUGAUGUAGAUGAAAUAGGGAGGAAUGAAGCCUCUUCUUCUGGUCGAGAACAUUUUAGUGAUCAUGAUGACAUUCUUGAAUUGGCCAAGGAUGCUCAUUGUGGAUCAUUAAGGAUCAUCUGUGAAUAUUACCACUUACAUUGUCCCGAACGAGGUUCUUCUUUAACUUUUCACCCGCUAGAGCACCUCCAUCCUUUGAAAUUUCAUAGAUCAUGUGAAAGUGUUUUGCAAAUUGCUGGCACAUCCAUUGAUACGAAUACCUGUAGUACGAGCUUGGAAAUAGCUGAGGCACACAAUGCGCUAUUUUCGGAGGAGGAGGCAAUUGCUUUGUCUGUGUGGACUAUUGCAAGUAUAUGUGGUAGCUUACGGCUUGAAAAUAUCUUAGCGAUGUUUGCAGGGGCACUAUUGGAGAAGCAAAUAGUUGUUGUUUGCUCUAAUUUGGGCAUCCUUUCAGCUGUUGUUCUAUCAAUUGUACCUUUAAUUCGUCCCUACCAGUGGCAAAGCUUAUUGAUGCCUGUUUUGCCAAAUGAUAUGUUGGACUUUCUGGAUGCACCUGUUCCCUAUAUAGUGGGUGUGAAGAACAAAACAGCAGAAGUCCAGUCCAAGUUGGCGAAUGUCAUAUUGGUUGAUGUGAAUAAAAACCAGGUGAAAUCACCAUCAAUACCACAGUUGCCCCAGCAUAAAGAGUUACUUUCAUCGUUAAGGCCCCAUCAUGCGAAACUUGUGGGAGAAAGCUAUCUUGCAAAGAAACGGCUUGUUCAUGAAUGUACAGAUGCACAGGCUGAAGCUGCUAAGUGCUUCUUGGAAGUCCUAAGAAACUAUCUGGAUUCCUUAUGCUCAAACUUACGUGCUCAUACUAUUACCAAUGUUCAGUCAAACAAUGAUAAGGUCUCUUUGCUCUUGAAAGAAAGUUUCAUAGAAUCUUUCCCUGCUCGUGAUAGGCCGUUUAUGAAGCUUUUUGUAGACACCCAGCUCUUCUCUGUACAUACCGAUCUCGUUCUCUCGUUCUACCAAAAGGAGUAAGUAGCACCAGCCAUCUUCGAUUUUUUUAGAGCAAGGUAACCCUCUCGUAAAGAAGGUUCUUUUGUUUGUUGUAAUGAAAUUUGUAUGUUUUAUGAGUGAAUUACAUUAUUACCUGCCAGAAAAAUUGGGCGUGUCACUUGGGAAAGAACAGUAUGUGAAGUUUGAAUUCUAAACCCUUCUAAAUCAAUAAUUGGUAUCAGAUUUGUGUGGUC